AUGCUAGCACGCAACCUCACUGUCGCCUUCUCCGAACAACUCCGCGCCGUCAUAAAUAAUAACCCUGCUCAGAAACGAGUAUUGGAAGACAUGGCGGAGCAAAUAAAGAAUCUGCAGGAACGAAUCAAAUCCCAUAACGAGAUACCGAAAUCCCAUGAAUCUCAGGAUAGGAACUCGGGAAUGUCACAUUCCAGCAGAAGAAAUAAGAAAAGAAGGGAGAGAUCGAGGACACAUACAAGCCUCAACAGAAGCGAAUCCCAAAAUGGGGAAUCCAAAACCGCCUCUCGAGAUGCCCGUACUUACUUGGAAAACAAGAAGCAGAGGGCGUUCGAAAGUGUUCAAUCAUUGGUGGACAAAAGGAGGGAAGAAAGGAAGAAAGCGCAACUCACGGGAUCUAGCCAUCCCACCAGCCCCGUCAUAAUGCCAGGGAAUGAGACUGGCAAGAGUAGCCUCCCCGAAGAUCUUAUGCCAAUAAUCUCUCCGCUGGCUCCGGAGAUACUAAAUACUCCCAACCCCGGGAAAAUAAAGAUCCCAAAUAUGGCGGCCUUCGAUGGAACGUCCUGCCCCGAGGAACACUUGAUGGCAUACAAAAACUUGAUGUUGCUGUACACCACCAACCCUGCAUUGUGGUGCAAAUUCUUCCCAACUACUCUCACAGGAGUAGCCUUGACGUGGUACACCUCUCUUCCAGGGAGAAGUAUCCACACCUUUGCCCAAUUAAAGAGCAAAUUCCCGGGUCACUUUGUGGCAUCCAGAAGGCAGGAGAAAUCAAACUUUCAUUUGCUUAGCAUAACGCAACUGGAAGGGGAAUCCAUAUCAUCGUAUCUGAGGAAAUUCCACGAGGCAGUGUUGGAGGCACAUGACCCCAAAAAACGAAGGUCAGAAAAAAAGGAUCCAAUAUCCUCCAAUCAUUCCUCAAGGAACAGAGAGGAACAUGCGCUGCGUCGUCCAGAACCUCCCUCAGACAUUGGACCUCCACGAUCCAGACAUGUAUAUGUCGCUAAAGGGGAGUCCAGGACGCGGAAUUUGCUAGAUGGAGGUAACGAUCCGAUGUUCAACCGGAACAGGAAGGACAUAUUCUUCGCCAUCCGGGAUGAGUUGCCAACUCCACCUCCUACUACCACCCUUUCCGAUUGA